UGGCUCAGUGAGUGUCGAGCCGGCGUUGAUCGCCGUUCGUCACCGGAUACGUAUUAGUGACUCGGACACCGACGAAUGCGUCACAACUACUUCUUCGAAACGCCUCAUGGGCGUUCAACCUAAAUCUACACCGUUUUGACAAAAAUAAAAACAUUAUACAUAUAUAAACGUAUACAGAAUCAAGUGCAUGUUACUGUUAUCAUCGUCAAUGAGAAAAAGUUGACAGAAAAAGUGUGACAGCGUGUGAUUUCGCGCGUGUUGAAGCCGGAAGGCGUAUGUAUGUUGCUCUCCUGGAAGUUCGAUCGACGGGAAGACAGCUGGGAGAGAAAUCGUGCAGAGGGAUGCUUUGAAAUACCGGCAGAGUGGUUUCAUUCAAGGGUGAAAGGCCAUCCGAGCAAAUCAAGGCAUGUCCAAGUAUUGGCUGAACGUGGCCCUCCUCAGGGUUGUGCUGCCGCUUGUCUUGACAGGAUGUAUAAUAUGGCGACCUGUAGGAUUGUCUCUGGUUUACUUGGCUCUGAUGCUGUACUCGCCCCAUGUGCCGGUACCAGACGCGAAAACAAUGGCUGGCCACACAGGGCACUAUUUAAAAACUUGCAUCGGCCUGUCCUUUCUCACAGCAGUCAGCCAACUCACUUUUCACAUAGUUCUAUUAGCUCUACCUGCAUAUGGUCACUUCCUUCACAAUUGCGAAUCGAUGGAAAUGAUCUUCAGGCACAUAGGUUUUGUAAGACUAGAUAGCGCUUCUGCCUGGGAGAUCUUCUUCUGGUUGACGCCAGAAUUAAUCGUCUUACCCACUAGUAUAAUGGUGUAUCUCAUAUGUCGGUUUCUAUCACGACAGAACGUUACCGACGAGGAAGAUGAUGCAUCGUUACAUCGAAACAUUGAGGCUGCGAAGAAAAGCGCUGACAGCACCGCCAAGAUCAUCAACUUCCUAGGACGAAUCGGGACCUACGUAGUUCUAGCGUCAUUGUGCAUCAUAGCAGCCCUGAAACCAUCAGUUGAAGGUGGUUUCUAUUUCCUCGUCUUCCUGGGAGCCGCAACUUGGUGGGCAUGUAACAAAGAGCUCCGAAAGGGCUUCGCUAUAUUAUGCAGGGUUGUGAUGGUCGUCGUGAUUCUUCACAUCCUGGCUUUGCUCAGCUACCAGAAUCAAGUGCCUCAGGAGAUAAUACCCGUAAAUAGCACCUGGCAGCGUUAUUUCGCAUUGUCUCCAGUUUAUCAAACGAAUUGCACUGACCCGAGAGACGUGCAGUACACGGCCGAUGCCGAUUGGUUAAUUUAUGGCUACUUCUUAAGGCUAUUUUGGCUUUAUUACGUUCUGGCGUUGCAGUCACAGUUCCUGAGCAAAAAGCCGAACGUUGCUUUUACUAACGAGGCGUUCCAGGCAAAGAAAGUGAAACGUUUGAGCGGAAAGCUGGAGAAUCUGGACACUCCAUUGUCCAGGCACGUUUCCAUCAGGAGAAGAACUCCAUCUCAGAGAUGGCAAUCAGCGCGACGAAAGGCUCGCUUGAUGCGAUUUGGAUCCGGGAGAACGGGGCUACUGCAAGAUUCGACCGGAAGUGUCAUUGUCCAGGAUGGUCAUCAGGAUGAUAACAUUCAGAUGCAAAGUCUCAGUGAAGCUACUCCAGACGAGCAAUCCGGAAUCAUCGAACAUAUCAUUAUGGCUGUAUAUUCCAUCUUCCAAUUGAUAAUCAAUUCAUCCUAUCUUGCUACGAAUAUCAUAAUGAUGACUUGGAGUAUAAUGUACCACAGUUGGACAACGUUUGCGCUGUUAUUAUGGGCCUUGAUUCUCUGGAUGGUGCCUAAUAAACGCGCUUCCAUGAUGAAAUGCUCGCCGUUUAUCGUUAUCUAUGCAAUGCUUUUGCUUCUUGUUCAAUACAUUUAUAGCAUGGAUCUGACAGAAGAAGAGCUGCCAACGAAGAUAAACGGGAUAAGUGUGUCGGAGAUUGGUUUCAGCAAAUCUGAACAACUUAGCCGAUGGCAUUUAGUCGUCAAAUGUCUGUUCAUAUCUAUGUUCUGGAUAACUAUGAGACAAUAUACCGCUGAAAGAACCAGACAAAGACGUUCUUCAGCGUUGAGAGACAUGGUAGCACCGUUACAUGUCUCUGUUUCGACAGCUACCACGGCGAUGAAUCACGAAGCGCCGGAAAUCAAAAGCAAAUUCAUGAAAGAUGUUGGCAUACUUUUGAAAAAAUUAUUAACCAAAUUUUGGAUCGCUGUAGUGGCUAUUAUGUUAUUCAUCUCUGGAAUCACCGGCGAACGUAUGACCGUCUUCAGGAUCAUUUACAUGUCCCUGUUCUUAGUUUUAAUCAUCACUUUCCAGAUAUCAUGGACAGUGUGGAGGAAGAUGAUGUACACAUUCUGGAUUACAGUCAUUGGUUACUCCGUAAUCAUGCUGAUUCUCGUGUACACUUACCAAUUCCAUAAUUUCCCGGAAUAUUGGAACUACCUUCAUAUUGACGAGGAUUUGCAGAAGGACAUUGGUUUAGAAAUAUACGAAACCAAGGAUCUAUUUGUUAGAUUACUAACGCCAACGUUCUUCGUAAUUAUCACUGUCCUCCAGAUUCAUUAUUUCCAUAAAGAUUUCUUGGAAGUGACCGAUAUCGAGAAAUUCGGAACCGAAGAGAGUCCUCGAGUCGAACGAUCGAGUCUUGGCCAUUCACCGAUUUUAACCAUGCCACCAUCUUCACCGGGAGAAGUUUUCCUUGUUGAAGAAGAGAAAGAACAUAUAUACUCCUUAAGACAGUUAAAAGAAAUGUCUAAACUGGAGCGGCUACAGUUAUUUCAUAAAGUAAUACAGCAAUUCUUAAACUUUUAUAAUUACACUUGGCUCUUCUUUGAAAUUCACAUGCAAAAAAUUAUUUUCGUUUCUGUGAUGAUUUUCUGUGUCAACGAUGUCUGUGCUAUUAAUUUCGUAUUCGUCUUGAUACUAGUUAUCAUGAUCAAUUCUCGAAGAAAUGUUCAAAUAUGUACUGCCAACACGAUCGCAGCGAUAAUUGCCAUUUUGAUGGUCGUGAAGAUGCUAUAUCAAAUCCAAUAUAUCGAUCACAAUAACUGGAAUAUUAAUUGCACGAAAUUUCCAGCUGAAAAUCAAACUCAGUAUGGCAGCAAUAAUACGAUGUAUAAUAUCGCAGAGUGGUUUGGAAUAAAAAAAGGAGAGCCAGGACACUUGGCAGAAUUAUUGAAGGGUUACAUAGGAAUCUUAGUGGUGACUACUAUCAGAAAAAUCAUCAGAAUUCGACAGUGUUUCUAUAGAAAAGCACAUAACGAACCUUUGGACACUCCUCAAGUUAUGUUCCCUUCUAUAACUAGAGAAGAUGCUGACAAAGGAGUACCACAAUGCUUGAAAUUCCUUUUCAAUUAUGGAUUCUAUAAGUUCGGCGUUGAAUUCUGUUUGAUAGGAAUAGUGGCACUCAUUGGAACCAGAUUGGAUUUCUAUUCUGUCCUUUAUAGCAUUUGGCUUUUACUAUUCUUCUCUCUGAGAAGAAAAACAAUAUCCAGAAUUUGGCCUUUCUUCAAGUUCUUUGGUAUAAUUUUACUACCUAUUCAGUAUUCUUUCGUCGUGGCUCCACCAUCUUGGUUUUGUAUAGAGUAUCCAUGGAGUGAAUCCAAAACUUUGAGGGGUUUGCAAGAGUGGAUGUAUUUACCUGAUCCUGACUUUCCACCAAACGCUAGAAAAUUAAUGUGUGAUUUUAUUCUGCUAAUGAUGAUCGUCAGACAAAGUCUCGUCUUCCAAAUCGAAGAAAGAAGCACAGCGACUAACAGAGAAUUUCCAGCUGGUCAUAAUUAUUCUGUCUACGAAAACAUGGAGAAACCAAAUUUCAUCAAUCCUGUGAAGGAUUACGUGUCACAUAUCCACUGUUGGUUAGAUAUAAUUAAACGAGGCGUAUUAAUAAGUCUCAUGUGGGUCACUUUGUCGAUCAUGUUCCUGGCUGGAACAGAAAGGACCAAUCUCUUCUCGUUGGGUUAUUUAAUUGGUGCAUUCGUGUUCCUCUGGCAAGGAAGUGACUUUUACUUGAGACCAGUGAAAACCAUCUUGAAAUGGUGGAAUCUUCUAAUCGGUUACAAUGUGGUCGUCAUAUUUUCCAAGGCUUUGCUUCAGGGUGUAGGUUGCGUGCUGAUAGAACAGCUGCAAGUGUUAGCAUGCCCACUGAUUCAGCUAUUCGGUAUAACUUGUCUAAGAAAAUUCCGAAGUUCAGUGAGCGACAUAGUUCUGGAAAAAUUGGAUUGCGAGGUGCCACAAGAAGACAUCGGCAUGGUCUGGGAUGGUCUAUGCUUUGGCUUCCUGUUACUCCAGAAACGACUGUUCAAGAGUUAUUACUUCUUCCAUAUAGUAGAUGAAACGAAAGCUAUGAGCAUCCUAGCGUCUAGAGGGGCGGAGUUACUAGAAGAACUGCACCAGAAGCGCAUCGAAAUUCAAGAAAACGUUGAGAAGAACGUGCUGCAGAAGUUGAAGUUUAAGAUGGAUAAAAUCAAAGCUAACCAGAGAAAAAUACAAGGACCUAGUUACAGGGAACCACAGAUACACGCAGUUGAUACUCUCUAUCCAGGAACACGGCCGUUGUACAGAGUUCGCGCCCCAAAGACCAACAGAGAGGCUGUCAGAUCAGGCGACUACUACAUGUUCGACGACCUGGACGACGACGACGUGACCGAUCUGAUCCCGGACACUGAAUCCGAAAAACAAGAAGCGGAGAAACGUCACGAAGCUGAAAAACGCGGCAGAAGAAUGACUAUUUCCGAGCUGAUGAACACGCUGAUUAAGACAGACAUUGAGAUCGCGACACACGUCGCCAUGUACGGAGGGACUGAAAAGGACGCGCUGAGACUACGUCGUCGGAGUGUGCCUUUAACAAGGAAGAAAUCAUCUAUGUCGUAUCUCAGUGCACGUUCCGAGACCGACACUGCAGUGGCCACCGAUGCCGCUGACAAAACAAGUCUCGCGUCGGCGGACACGGAAACCGGUGAAAAAGAUGCGGCCACGGCAGAACAUGAUAAAACACCAGUGCCAACAGACGACGAAUAUGGAGAAGAUAAACCAGAUGAAAAGGAGGAGACACAGGAGGAUGAGCAAAAAGUAUCAGUUGCUACGUACUUCAAAUUCAUUAUAGUGAUGGUUAAUAGCACCCUGACGUCGAUGACCAAAUACUUGAACAGAUUUUCGCGUGACUAUAGAUACAUUCGCAAGGUUUUAACGAAAGAAAAGAAAGUAUUAAAGACAAAACCAGAUUUCCGGAUGGGAAUGCGAUUGGGAAUCACUCAAAUAUGGCAGCCAAUUCCUCUGAUGAAACAAGGAUCGACUAAUGGAAAUGCCGAGGAAUCUUACGAUGCUGGCGAGGGACCUAACCAACCACGACCGCAGGAGGAAAGCACACUAUUCUCCGAAAUCUCACCUGUCCAACACGAUGACGAAGGUGGUGCACUGUCUGAAGUCGAUCAACCACCGAUAAUCCAAUUAUUGGCAUCUAUUUGGUUUGGAAUUCUGGCACAUUCGUGUCUACUUUGUUACUUCAUGGUGUUCCUUCAUCAGAUUAAAAAUGCAUCCGUCCUUUCCACGCCUUUGCCUCUCAUGGUGUUCUGCUGGGGUUCGUUAACCAUUCCACGGCCCUCGAAAACAUUUUGGAUAACGUUGAUCGCGUACACCGAGGCAAUUGUGAUAGUAAAAUGCAUUUUCCAAUUGGAAGUGUUGCCCUGGAAUCGAGAUGCUGCACCGAAUAAUCCUCUAUUUACUCCUAGAAUUAUGGGAGUCGAACGCAAACAUAAUUAUGCUUUGUGGGAUCUAUUGUUGCUUCUCAUGGUGUUCUUCCAUAGAUUUAUGCUGAAAUCAUUAGGGCAAUGGACGUCCCCAUCCCUAAAACCAAGAAAAAUUAUUCCUUCCGCUUUAACUGUAGUUCCAGCCAAGCCUCCACCGCCAGAAAAUAGAGGUCAAGGAGAAUCUGUAUCGCUGCAAGAAGAAGAAGGCGGUAGUACCAUAAGAACACCUAAAGGAGCAACUCUGAACCUUCACGCAGCAGGGGAGGGUGAAAAUGCGCAAACCACAAAUGAAUACGAAAAAUUAGUGGCGGUUCAAGGAGAAGAAAUCAAUCCCACGAACGAAGAGUUCAAUAAAGCCAUGAAUAUGACCGUAAAUAAAUACAAAGAACCAAUGAAAGAUUUCUUCCAAAAAAUUCUUAGUCCAGUUAGCAAAGAAAAGACGAACGUAUAUGCAUAUAUGUUCCUGUGUGAUUUCUUUAAUUUCUUGUUACUUAUUUUUGGAUUUUCUGCAUUUGGGACACAACAAGGUGACGGUGGUGUUACAGCUUAUUUACAAGAAAAUCGAGUUCCGAUGCCAUUCUUACUGAUGUUACUGUUACAGUUUGCAUUGAUAGUUAUCGACAGAGCAUUGUUCUUAAAGAAAUCAAUCGUAGGCAAACUAAUUUUCCAUUACUUUCUUAUAUUUGGCGUUCACAUUUGGAUGUUCUUCAUAUUGCCAAGUGUUACCGAACGACAAUUCAAUGAGAGGCUUCCGCCGCAAAUUUGGUACAUGGUCAAGUGCUUCUAUCUCUUGUUAGCGGCUUAUCAAUUAAGACAAGGCUAUCCGACACGAAUACUUGGCAACUUCCUCUGCAAGAAAUACAGCAUUGUCAACUAUGUCUUAUUCAAAGUAUUCAUGUUAGUCCCAUUCUUAUUCGAAUUAAGGGCAGUAAUGGACUGGAUCUGGACGGACACUUCCAUGACGAUAAUGGAUUGGUUCAAAAUGGAAGAUAUUUUCGCCAAUAUUUAUCAAAUCAAGUGUAUGCGAGGCGUAGAAACGGAUUUCCCUCAGCCACGAGGCGUAAAAAAACAACAAAUGAGCAAGUAUUUAGUCGGUGGCGGUGCUCUCUUCUUCAUGAUUGGAUUAAUAUGGUUCCCCUUGCUCUUAUUCGCACUUGGUGGCACAGUUGGUGUCUCUAAUCUACCCUACGACGUUUCAAUGAAAAUUAGAAUUGGUCCUUAUGAACCAAUUUACUCUAUGUCGGCACAAAGUAGCUCUAUCAUCGAAUACGGCGAAACUGAUUUCGCGAGAUUUUCGAAUUUGUACGCGAGAGAUAGACCUGCGGUCACUUUCCUGGAGAACUAUAUACAUUCUGAUGUCGCUGCCGUGAGAUUGAGUGGGUUCUCUCGAAAAUUAUGGAGUAUAUCUCCGCCAGACUUAGAUAGACUGAUAACAGAACUAGAAGAUAAUAGCACAACCGUGGUCAUCCACGUAGAGUGGACAGUGUCUCGAAAAACGGAUGCGAAAGAUGCCAGUGGGAUAACGACACAAGUGAGAGAUAUAAAAUUGCCACCGUAUGAAAACAAUGAAUUUAAUCCCGUGAGAAGAACGUUAGCUAAUAUGCUCUCUAGCAAUGACUCAACCGUGCAUAAUGGUACUAUCACGUUGCAAUAUGCAUUUCCCAAGUUUUUGAAAGUAACUGGUCGAACCACUGACGUCGUUCCACAAUUAAUGCGAAUGCCGAAAUGGCUUGAUGACAAUGUAGAGGAAGAGGAUGAGAAUCAUCUGUACAGGGAUGUUAGUCUUCAUUUAUCUACCGACGCAGAUUGUUGCGCUCGUCAGAAAUGGUGGAUCGUUAAAGAAGUUUGCAAUGAUACUUUAUACGAUCAGCUAUUAAAGAGAGUGCCCCUAAAUGACUGCAAGUACAUCAUGAUGUUCUUGUUCAAUGAUAAAACGUUCCCCGAGGGGUUGAGCUUUAUCAGUGGAUUUGGAAUCUUAGGUUUGUACACUACCGCGGUGAUAGUCAUAAGUCAAAUGAUGAGGAAGAUAGUCAGUGACAUGGCGCCAAAGAUUAUGUUCGAUGACUUACCUUACGUCGAUAGAAUACUAAGAUUAUGCUUAGAUAUUUAUUUGGUCCGUGAAAGUGGAGAAUUGUGUCUCGAGGAAGACUUGUUCGCCAAAUUAAUAUUCCUCUACAGAUCACCGGAGACGUUGAUCAGAUGGACAAGGCCACCCGAAGAAGGGGAGAGAACUGACAAUGAAGAUCAAGAUGAUGUAGAUGAGGAUGCUGUGGCGCCAAGAGGAGAAUCUCGAGAUGUUUCUCGCAGAGAAUAAAUUUUGUCAAAUGUUUCUGAGGAUAAACUCCAAACCUAAACAAUAUUAGUGAAAAUAUUGUGAAACUUUCAAAACGGCUAGAAUUAAUGAUAAAACUAGAUUAGAGUUAACUUCUGUUGGAUCAAAGACUUUAAGAUUUUAUUAAUUAUGCGAAACGGAAUUUGUUAAAGAAAGGAUUUUUUCGAAAAAUAUUACCGAUAAUCUUGCGUAACAGAGACAAUAGUUGGCGCACUUAUCAAAACGUGACAUAAAGAAUGCGAAUGGUUAAAAAAAUUAAAGAAACUCAGGAAUUUAGUACAGUUAUGUUUGUUGUUAGGAAAUUGAUUAACGAAGAGAGUUCCUAUCUUCGAAUAUUAUAAAGAUGUACAUAUGUAUACGGAAAUAACGCAAAGCGAAAGAGAAAAUGAUAUUAAUCAUAAUAGGGGAAGUUAACGAGAAGACCUGAGAAAUUUAAAGACGUGCGAGGAUACAUUAUACGGUAGAAUUAUUUAUUUCUUAAUUGUGUUUUUAAGUGAGGUUUUACUAAUUUUUAUUUAAAUAUUUAUCGAUAAAGAACUCACUUGAUCAUAGUCGAAGGUAUGAAGGAUAUUGUGAUCGUGAGAUGUUGUCAGUAACAUGAUUUUGAGAUAAGUGCUUUAUAGAAUUAAGCGUCUAAACAUAAAGUUGUUGUACCAUAUGCGGAUAUGCUUUUAUCUCUAAUUUACUAGAAUUUAUGCAUAAACCGAAAUAGCCGCAUUUCAAAUUGCAUUUUAAUAGAUAAGAAUGUAAACCCCUUAUUCUUAAAAAAUUAAUAUCUUCAAAACUGCCGAUAGCAAGAUCUUUCGUUCCUUUUUAUACGUUUUUCUAAUCGUCGAUUUAUUCAGGUAUUACUGAAUAAAAUUAUCUGGUGAUUUUGCCAAAACCUCGAGCGCGUUUUAUACAUUACACAUAUUUAACCGAAGAUCUUGACUCCAUAAUAAUUAUCAUUGCUUGUAAAUAUGCAUUGUACAACAUGCAUCCUUAUUGAAACAUUGUAUCAUGUCGCCUUAAUAUGCCUUCUAAAAGAAUCUUCGAAUAUAUGUAAAUUGUUUCAAACGAA